CUCGUACACUGAAACGCCUUCCUCUGCAUCCAGCUGCACCGCUCUUCGCAAGCGCCGGCAGCUUGUCACCUGGCGUCCCGCGGCUCGCUGUCUCAUGCCCAGCGCUCAGAUGUGACUGAAUAAAAUAAACAUACCCCAUAGUCAGCCUGUGAACUAGACCUGUGCAACAUCAUUGAAGAGUUGGUCUGUGAAUUUCAGAACCGCACCCAGAGGCAGCACGUGAAUCCCAACCCUGUACAAAAUCAACCAGUGAACAUCAACCAAAAAUAACUGGCCUGUGAACUCCAGCCAGUAUAAAACCAAACAAGUUCAGUUUGUGAAUCCCAGUACUAUACAAAACCAGUCCGUGAGCCUCAACCCUGUAUAAAAUCAGCCGAUAUAAACGAACUCUGUAUAAAGCAGUCCCUGAAACCCCACCCUGCAUAAAAGCAGAAAGAACCCCCACCCUGUAUAAAAGCAGAAAGAACCCCCACCCUGUGUAGAACGGCCCGUGAUAUCAGCACAGACUUACUCCACUGUGACCUGUAAAAUUCAGUGGCGCACAAUUGCUCUGAAGAUCAAUUGGUGCCCAUUUAGCCGUCGGCCAGCUUUCCAGGAAUAGCCCGUACCUCCGGGGAUCAUGAGACUGAGAAGGAAGGGUGAUCUCAUCUGCACUGUUCUCCUGCUUUCUGCACUUUGCAUUCUGCUUUACUUCCAAAUGCAGUCUGUAAGUCAGUGGGCGGACGAACAAAAAGGUGACGGGGUAUCAGGCACUGAACGGCCCAUUACGGUGCAAACCGCGGAGGCGGUAAGUCAAACACCCUCUCCUAGUGCAGGGUCAUCGGGGGAGAACAUCUGCCGGCUCGGCCAGGGUGUGGAGAGAGGGUCAGUUCAGGCGGCAACACUUCCAACCGCAGACCCGUUACCCUGGAGCUACCGCCAGUACCUCUGGCAGAAAGACUGCCGCGAGUUCAGUCAGAUCAUCAACCAGGUGGACAAGUGCCGGAAGGUGAACGGGGAGCCGCUCCUGCUGGUCUCCAUCAAGUCCAAGGUGGAGGAGUUUGAACGGCGGGAGGUGGCCCGCAACACCUGGGCCCGCGAAGGCCGAGUCCACGGGCUGCAUGUCCGCCGGCUCUUCCUCUUGGCCACCCCCGCCAACCAGAGCGCCCUGGCCUCCUGGAGGCGCCUGGUGCAACACGAGAGCCAGGUCUACCGCGACAUCUUGCUCUGGGACUUCCAGGACACCUUCUUCAACCUGACGCUGAAGGAGAUCCACUUCCUCAAAUGGCUCGACCAGUUCUGUCCCGCCGCCGAGUUCGUCUUCAAGGGAGACGACGAUGUCUUCGUCAACAUGGAGAACAUUGCCGACUUCUUGAUGGGCGCCAACCCCAAGGCGGACCUGUUCGUCGGGCACAUUAUUUCCCAGGCGCUCCCCAUCAGGUCCAACAGGAGUAAGUACUACAUCCCCGAGAUGAUGUACGGCUCGGGGGUUUACCCGGUGUACGCGGGCGGCGGAGGCUUCAUUAUGAGCGGGUACACGGCCAGGAGGCUCUAUGGGGCCAGCAAGGAGGUCGACCUCUUCCCCAUCGACGACGUCUUCCUGGGCAUGUGUUUGCUCCGGCUAGGCCUCACGCCGCAAACCCACAAAGGGUUCCGGACCUUCGGCAUCGUGCGGCCUUCCGCCGCCCCACACCUGCAGACCUUCGACCCUUGCUUCUACCGGGAGCUGAUGGUGGUGCACAGCCUGAAGGUGCCCGAGGUGUGGCUGAUGUGGAGCCUGCUCCACGACCCCGGCCUCACCUGCGCUCGUAAAAUGUCGGCCCGGCGCCCGUUCCGCUGGAAGGCCAAGAAGAAGGCGACACCCGGCCCUGCAAGGAAAGCGAAGCACUGACGGCGGGGUGGAGGGUGGGGGAUCUCUCCCGCCUCAAGUAGACUGGGGUGGGGGUGGCUCACCC